GGCGUGGGCGGGGACAGGGCAAGCGGGAACUGUCCGUGGCCCAGGGCACCUGCGCAGAUCGGCCACGUCAGUCUUGGAGCUCAUCCCGUCAGGGCUUACCUAGCGCGUGCCAUACCGUCCGCUCGGUCUCGCCUCGACGAACGCGCCAUGUCUCGCCUGCCCGUUCUCUGCCUGCUCCUCCUCCUCCGCCGCCGCCGCGUGAUCCCGCUUGGCCUGCAGCUCGGCCGCCGCCUGGGCCACUCGGAGCCCCGUGGCCGCCAAGAGCCCGCGUCGCCCGUGGAAAUGGGCGUCGGGCUCGUGGUCUUUUUUACCGCCUUCUUAACGCCGUGUGGCUAUGUGCUGAGCAGCCUGAAGCAGUUCAGAAGGCAGUAGACGGAAGAGCGUGUGCAGCCCCAGCUGGCGUCCAGCGCGCUUUCAGACAAGGCCGCGGCUUCCAUAAAUGAGAAGGCGCUUAGCUGGGUUGGUGAUGCAGCCAUUGUGGGUAUUCGCUUUCAUAACCGGAUGUUUAUGGGAAACGUUUUGCACUGUUUUAAUCCUGUGCAUUCUAUAAAGAUGCGUUGUAUAGUCAUUGAAAACUAUUAAAUAAAAUGGAAACGUUCAUGCUUGGUA